AUGUCGGCGGGAGUGAAGCACGGAGAAGAGGCAAUCGUGCCGAGCGGAAAUGACACCGAAGGAGAUCAAAUAAACGGAAAAAUAGAGGAGCACGACGGCUCCGGAGGGUCUAAAUUAAGCAGUUUCCUCUGGCACGGUGGCUCAGUAUGGGACGCUUGGUUCAGCUGCGCAUCUAACCAGGUGGCGCAAGUGCUUCUGACGCUGCCGUACUCGUUCAGUCAACUAGGAAUGUUAUCAGGAAUAGUACUUCAGAUCUUCUAUGGUUUACUCGGAAGCUGGACUGCUUACCUCAUCAGUGUUCUCUACGUUGAGUAUCGAGCUCGUAAGGAGAAAGAAGGCAAAAACUUCAAAAACCACGUCAUUCAGUGGUUCGAAGUGCUUGAUGGAUUACUCGGCACAUACUGGAAAGCAUUAGGUCUCGCAUUUAACUGCACUUUCCUCUUGUUCGGAUCUGUAAUCCAACUCAUUGCUUGUGCCAGUAACAUUUAUUACAUAAACGAUCACUUGGACAAGAGAACAUGGACUUACAUAUUCGGUGCGUGUUGUGCAACCACUGUUUUUAUACCGUCGUUCCAUAAUUACCGGAUUUGGUCAUUCCUCGGCUUGGGUAUGACCACUUACACCGCCUGGUACUUAGCCAUCGCUUCCAUUAUCCACGGCCAGACGGAAGGUGUGAAACACUCAGGUCCAACAAAGCUAGUACUUUAUUUCACCGGGGCUACCAAUAUAUUGUAUACCUUUGGUGGUCAUGCGGUUACUGUUGAGAUAAUGCAUGCAAUGUGGAAACCACAGAAGUUUAAGUACAUUUACUUGAUGGCGACGUUAUACGUUUUCACACUAACGAUUCCGUCAGCUUCCGCCGUUUACUGGGCAUUCGGAGACGAACUUCUCGACCACUCCAACGCGUUCUCUCUUCUCCCCAAGAACGGGUGGCGUGAUGCCGCCGUUAUACUCAUGCUCAUUCACCAGUUUAUCACGUUCGGAUUCGCGUGUACCCCGCUUUAUUUUGUGUGGGAGAAAGUGAUAGGGAUGCAUGACACAAAGAGCAUUUGCUUGAGGGCUUUAGCUCGAUUGCCUGUGGUUAUACCUAUAUGGUUCUUAGCCAUUAUAUUUCCAUUUUUCGGUCCUAUCAAUUCCGCGGUUGGUGCUCUUCUGGUUAGCUUCACCGUCUAUAUCAUCCCGUCCCUUGCUCACAUGCUCACUUACCGAUCUGCAUCCGCUCGUCAGAAUGCGGCGGAGAAGCCGCCGUUCUUCCUGCCGAGCUGGACGGCGAUGUACGUGUUGAACGCUUUCGUGGUUAUUUGGGUUCUAAUAGUUGGAUUCGGGUUCGGUGGAUGGGCAAGUGUUACCAACUUUGUUCGUCAAGUCGACACUUUUGGUCUCUUUGCUAAGUGUUACCAAUGUAAACCACCGGUUCCAGCUGCAGCCACCGCGCACGCACCUGUCUCCGCUUUGCACCACCGCCUUUGA